UAAUAAUGGAGGCUUCUCUUUCACUAUGCUGGCUUGUGCUUCUCCUAAUUGCUUCGUCUUCUUCUUCCUAUGCAGCUCGCUUGUUUGACGCCACCUCACCAGUCUCACCACCACAGCUCGCCAGAUACUCCCUCCUCAAUGGCCUCGCUCUCACUCCUCCCAUGGGAUGGAAUAGCUGGAACCAUUUUGGCUGCAAUAUUAAUGAAGACUUGAUUAAACAAACAGCUGAUGCAAUGGUGUCAACGGGCCUUUCGUCUUUGGGAUACCAAUAUAUCAAUAUUGAUGAUUGCUGGGGCGAACCUGCUAGAGAUUCUCAGGGAAAUUUGGUAGCAAAGGCUUCAACAUUUCCUUCAGGAAUCAAAACUCUGGCUGAUUAUGUUCAUGCAAAAGGUUUAAUGCUAGGGAUUUAUUCUGAUGCUGGAACUCAAACUUGCAGUAAAAGGCAGCCUGGUUCACUUGGACAUGAAGACCGUGAUGCAAAAACAUUUGCUUCCUGGGGAGUUGACUACUUGAAGUAUGAUAAUUGUGAGGAUACACAUAGUCUUAGUCCAAAGGAAAGGUACCCCAUAAUGAGUGAAGCUUUAUUAAAAUCUGGAAGGCCCAUCUUAUUCUCUCUCUGUGAAUGGGGAGUACAAGACCCUGCAACUUGGGCCUCAAGUGUGGGAAAUAGCUGGAGAACAACAGGAGAUAUUGCAGAUAAUUGGAACAGCAUGACGUCUCGAGCAGAUGAAAAUGACAAAUGGGCAUCCUAUGCUGGACCCGGAGGAUGGAAUGAUCCUGAUAUGCUUGAAGUGGGAAAUGGAGGCAUGACAACCGAGGAAUAUAAAGCUCAUUUCAGCAUAUGGGCAUUAGUUAAGGCUCCUUUGUUAAUUGGGUGUGAUAUCCGAGCUAUGGAUGAUGCAACUUACGGAAUUCUAAGCAACAAGGAAGUUAUCGCAGUAAACCAAGAUAAACUAGGAGGUCAGGGCAAAAGGGUGAAAAGCAAAAACGAUUUGGAGGUUUGGGCUGGUCCCCUGAGUAAUCACAAGGUGGCAGUGAUCUUAUGGAAUAGAAGUUCAACAAAUGCGACAGUCACUGCGUCUUGGUCUGACAUAGGCCUGAAACCUGGGACUCUAGUUGAUGCGAGAGACUUAUGGACUCACUCAACUGUAUCAUCAGUUUCUGGAGAAAUAUCUGCUGAAUUGGAAUCACAUGCUUGCAAGAUGUAUGUUUUGACUCCACACUCCACCACAAGAUCCUAGUUCCCAUAUGCAGAGAAGGGUAAGCAAGUGGACACUGCUGCUCAAUGUUCCCAGAAGUAAUAGAGAAACAGACAUGAAUUUAUUUCAAAAAUGAUAUGUACAACUAGAAGCACAAGCUAGACGUUCAAUAUUCUGGUUCAAUCCAAUAUGCUAUUUUGUUAAA